AUGGGAUCAACUUCAGCUGUGCCUGACUAUGGUCGUCGACUACUCCCAGUCGUGGUAGACGAGGCCGCAAGAGAUGAACCCCAAAGGGUACUCUUUUACACACCGCGCGACAAUCGGCCAUCACAGGGCUACCAAGUUGUGACUGCCCGAACCUUUGCCAACUCUGUCAACAGAGUAUGCUGGUGGUUCGAAUCACAGGUAGCCAUUCAAAACGAGACCAAGACUAUUGGAUACAUAGGGCCAAAUGAUCUCAGAUACUUUUUGAUGAUGAUUGCAGCGGCAAAGACUGGCUAUAGACUCCUACUUUCCUCUCCCCGAAACAGCGUCGAAGGACAUGUGUCAUUGAUUGAGCAGUCCGGCUGCAGCUUCUGGGUCACAACAACUGGCACUGGCAGCCUGGACUUUAUCCAGGACCUUGGAAUACCUUGCAUCGAAGCACCUGAGCUUUCCCAGCUGCUAGAAGAAAAUGCAGUCGACAACUAUCCUUAUACCAAGAGUUGGGAUGAAGGACGAGCAGAUAUUCUCGCUCUACUCCACACCUCGGGUUCGACUGGCCUGCCAAAAUUGGUGCCCCUUUAUCUUGCUACGGCAGCCACUGUUGACGGAUUCAACCUCAUGGAGCCCGUUAACGGAAGAGUACCUACAGGCGUAGAAUGGAAGGGUACGCGAAUGCUUUGUGCGAUGCCUCUGUUCCAUGUUGCAGGAAUUUGUCUUGGUUUAUAUUCUGCCUUUUUCUUUCGAUGGAGCGUCAUUCUGCCAUCCAAGGGCCCGAUAAUGCAGCAUGUCAUCGAAGAGGCCCUUGACAACAUCGAACUGGACUCGGCCUUCAUCUCUCCAAGUGUCUUACAGGACAUUGCAAAGUCGCCUCGGGUACUGGAUAAGCUUUCGAAACUCAAAUUCAUAACUUCAGCAGGUGGCCCCAUAGCCCAGUCUGUGGGAGAAGUGAUUCAUCCUCGUGUACCCAUCUGGCAGACUAUGGGUAUGACCGAGGGUCAGUGGAUGGCAUCUGUUGUGACCCACCCAGACGAGUGGGCUUAUUUCUACUUCCACCCACGAACAGGAUUUGAGAUGCGACCAUAUUCAGAAGAUUUAUGCGAGCUGUUAUACGUCAAAAAGGAAGAGUUGGCUCUAACACAGCCCGUGUUUGUCACAUUUCCAGACCUUGACGUCUGGGAAUCGAAAGACUUGUACUCGCGUCACCCGACAAUUCCGGAUCUGUGGCGAUAUGAAAUGCGCCGAGAUGAUCUUAUAGUGCUCUCAAAUGGAGAGAAAUUCAAUCCUUUGGCCGCUGAAGGAAAGUUGGCUAGCCAUCCGUGGAUCUCAGCCGCCUAUAUCACAGGGCGCGGUCAGUUUCAAGCCGCCGCGUUGCUGUACCCUGACGACUCAAAUCUGGAAAAGACAGACAUUCAAAUUGUUGAAGCCGUGUGGCCGACUAUGUCUCAGGUGAACGAAACACUUCCCGCUUUUGCGCAGCUUCAUCGAGAUUUCGUCAAAGUCGUUCGUACUGCGUUCCCCCAAACGCCAAAGGGAACGCUCGCUCGCAAUCAGACCGAAAAAAAUUUCUCAAAAGAGAUCACCGAUAUCUACGAAUCAUCACUGGCUCUGAAGACUCAUUUCCACGUCAAGGGAAGCAGUCAAGUUGCAGUCAACAGUGGUAUCAGAGAAGCAAUCCAGACCGUAUCAGGGAUCAAAGAGCUUACAUAUGAUGAUGAUAUUUUCGUGCGAGGAUUCGACUCACUUCACGUGGUACGGCUGGCUAUAUUGCUGGAGUCAGCAUUUGAUAGGCAUGUCGAGAUCGAAGCCGGGACAGUGUACGCAAACCCCUCCAUUGCAAAGCUGGGAAGUGAGCUGUGGUCACGGCUCCGUGGUCAAAGUCACAAGGAGGCCCUUAAUAUGAAGUCCACCUCGCAGAUGCUUGCCAAAUACUCGGCAUCAUUUGGAUCCGGUCGGGCCAAAAAGGAGUAUGUGAUCAUCACUGGUACUACUGGAUCCAUUGGACCGUAUCUUCUUCACAACCUCUGCAACAACAGAGAAGUUGCCCAGGUGUGGUGCUUGAAUCGCAGCGCAGACGCCCCAAAACGGCAAGUAGAGCUCGCGAGAGCAAAGGGAUUCCUCCCAUUGAACUGGGAUGGAAAGGUGAAGUUUGUGCAGCAUGAUCCGACCUCCGAAACGCUCGGUUUGAACGCAGUGGAUGCCCAAGACAUGAAAGAAAAAGCAACUAUCAUAAUUCAUAACGCCUGGGAGGUCAACUUCAAUUUACCUCUCUCUUCAUUCGAGCCGCAGUUCAUUGGCUUGAAGGGCCUGGUCGAUAUAUGUCGAGAUGCUCGACACAAGAUCCGCUUUAAUUUCAUUUCAUCCAUCAGCGCUGCAAUGAACUGGCCGUGCGAGCUUCUUGGUCCUGUCCCCGAAGCAAAAAUCCCUAAAUUUGAUGCGGCGAUCAACGGCUACGGCGCAUCGAAGUUAGUGGCGGAGCACCUACUCGGACGAGCCGCAAGACUAGGUACUUUGGAUCUGUCUGUUUUACGAGUAGGGCAAGUUGCAGGUCCUGUUCAAAUUUUUGGAGAAGGCGCAUUAUGGGCAAGAAGAGAUUGGGUACCUGCAAUCAUUGAUGCUUCUGCGUAUCUCAAACUGCUGCCUUCCGACUUGGGAUCAGCUACUAGCCUGGACUGGAUCCCAGUUGAUAUUCUUGCUAAUAUUGUGGGCCAGCUUGUCGAGUCAGGCUCAUUCACAAGUCUUUCGGAAACAUACUAUAAUCUCGUCAACCCGAAGACGAGCUAUUGGACUGACAUUCUUUCUACGAUAAAAGCUCGCCUGGAGAUCUCUCUAUCUGCCGAGGUGCGAAUCGUCUCCCUACAGGAGUGGAUUGACUCUCUCAGAAAUUCGGAGGCCCUCAUCAUCCAAGAGGCUGAGGUCGGCCAUUCAGAAUCCGCCUCCAGAGCUAAGACCGGACUGAAGCUACUCUCGUUUUUCCAGAUGCUUGUGGGAUUGGAGCAAGAGGGCGAUUCUUCCGACGAAACUUCUGUCAUGACCAAUAGCUCUGACGGAUCCAGUGCUGGAGAGCCUACCUGGGAUGUUGCAAAUGGCCUAUCACGAAGCUCCAUAUUUGCCGACUUAGAGCCUGUGUCGACAACUUGGUUUGACACUUGGUUGAACCAAUGGGGGUAUUGA